AAUAAAAAAAAGUAUUCUGCUAGAUUCUGCAUGCUGAAUGGGUAGUUUGUGAAAGCGUUUCUUGGAAGUUUUUAACAAAUUAUUAUUAAGAAGGCAGUAAGAAAAAUAAGUAAUAAGGUGAUAUCUUAUUCUAUUCUUUUAUUAGUGGGUAAUUUUAAGUAAGUUUCAUUUCAGUUAAAUUGUUACACCUAUUUGUUGUCUUCAGCCAAGAACUUGUUUAGUUUGCAGUUCAACAUGUCGGAUCAAAUGAGGGGCCGUGGGCGAGGCCUGGCCUUGCUACAGGCUCUGAAGAAGUCUCAAGCCACCUCACCAUCCGAUGAUGCUCCUACUAGCACUCCGGGGCCUAGUACAGCUCAGAGUGUAGUUGGCGAGUCUGCUUCAAGCCUUGCACCUACUGCCCUAUCAUCCACUUCAAUGUCUACGGGGACCUCAAUUGGUGGUAGGGGCAAGAUUGCAGCUAUGUUACUUGCUAAGGCUAAUGCAAAACCUGGAGGUCCACAAUUUGUUCCGGCUAGUGACAUUAGUCCAUCACUGGCAAAAGGCGUAGGCAGAGGACUCAAGCUGUUACAGUCUCUACAAGCUGCGAAGGCUGCUAGCGCUGCCAGUGUUGCCGGUCCAUCCGGUGACAGCUCCAGGCCUCAAGUAUCACAGAUCACGGAACAAAUGUCUAAGACAUCGAUUACAAAACCACCUGAUAGUAAUACUCGUUCGAAAAAAGUUUUUCGCGAAGUAAAAGAAACCCCACCGGUUGUGAAGAAAGGUGUGACUGGCAUGCCAGUUGAUGUGACCGCCAAUUACAUUUAUUUGCAAUUUGAAGAAAACAGUGUGUAUGAAUAUGAAGUCAGGUUCGACCCAGAACAGGACUUUAUGAAUUUGCGCUACAAACUUCUUGGUGAGCAUCAUCGGUACUUCCCAAACAAGACAUUUGAUGGUACAACUUUGUAUGUGCCACAUAAACUGCCUGAAGAAGCUCUCAACUUGAUAUCCACUAAUCCUUAUGACAGCAGCAAAGUUAGGAUUACUAUCAUAUUCCGUCGAACACGUCGUCUGAGUGAAAUGAUACACAUCUACAACGUGAUAUUUAGAAACAUUAUGAAUGACUUGCAAUUAGUAAGGAUUGGUCGAGAACAUUUCAAUGACCGAGCAGGUAUUCCGAUACCUCAGCAUAGAUUGGAAAUUUGGCCUGGUUACGUGACAGCAGUGUGUGAAUACGAAGGAGGUUUAAUGUUGACCUUGGACUCUACGCACAAAGUAAUUCGGACCCAAACAGUGCUGUCAUACAUUAAAGAGACUGUACAAUCAGAGGGAUCAGGCUGGAAGAAGGCUAUGGCAGAGAGGCUGGUCGGUUGUUCUGUUAUGACUACGUACAAUAAGAAAAUGUAUAGGGUAGACAGUAUUGACGAUGAAAAGACGCCACGAUCAACAUUUGAGAAGCUGGAAAAUGGUGUACCGGUAAAGAUAAGUUACGUCGAUUAUUAUAAGAAACAAUAUGGUAUUGAAAUCAAAGACUGGGAUCAACCAUUGUUAAUAUCCAGGGAUUCAAAACUUUUGCCUGGCACAGAAGGUAAAACAGACUUCAUGAUAUCUUUAAUUCCUGAACUGUGCCAGCUAACUGGUCUCACGGAUGAUCAACGAAGCAAUUUCAAAUUGAUGAAGGAUGUGGCAUGUCAUACUAAGAUAACGCCGAACCAACGUCACGCGGCGUUCAAAAAGUACAUAGAAACGGUGAUGAAAAACGAAAAUGCAAAGCGUCGACUAUCUGGUUGGGGUCUGAGCAUAGCUCCGGAGACUAUCAACAUAACAGCCAGAACGUUACAACCGGAGACUCUGUUCUUUGGUAACAAUGUCCGAGUGCCAGGCAGACCCAAUGCAGAGUGGAACGGUGAAGUCACAAAAAACCAUGUGAUGCAAGCAGUCGAUAUUUAUAAAUGGGCGCUCCUGUACACUGAUAGGGAUAAGAGAGUUGUAGCGGACUUUGUGGACACAUUGAAGCGCUCCUGUCGCCCAAUGGGUAUAAAUGUCAGCGACCCUGAAAUGUUUCGUCUACCGAACGACCGCACGGAUGCGUACGUGCACGCGUUGAAGAAGCUCAUCGUGCCAGACUUACAGAUUGUCGUAAUCAUCUGCCCGUCUGCUAGGGAUGAUCGUUAUGGAGUUAUCAAGAAGAUAUGCUGUGCUGACAAUCCUGUGCCAUCCCAGGUAAUAAACGCCCGUACAUUAAUGAACCCGAAUAAGAUUCGUUCUAUAACGCAGAAGAUUCUUCUUCAAAUGAACUGUAAGCUGGGCGGCACUCUAUGGAACAUUAAUAUACCAUUCAAGUCAGCUAUGGUCAUUGGUAUCGAUUCCUACCACGAUGUUUCGCGGAAGAAGCAGAGCGUUUGCGCUUUUGUCGCAUCGUACAAUCAAUCAAUGACUCAUUGGUACUCAAAGGUUGUGUUCCAAGGCCGCGGCCAGGAGAUAGCCGACCAUCUCAGAGACUGCUUCGUACAGGCUAUCAGAGUCUACCUCAGUGUAAAUGGUAACUUACCAGAUAGGAUUAUUAUAUACAGAGACGGUGUAGGCGACGGUGAACUAAAAGUGAUUAAGGACUUCGAAAUUCCACAAAUGCAGAUUUCCUUAUCUUCAUUUGAAGGCAGAACUGUACCGGCUAUAACUUAUUUAGUUGUACAGAAACGUAUCAACACGAGAAUAUUUUUGAAGACACCGGGUGGGCUAGAAAAUCCUAACCCGGGAACUAUUGUGGACCAUGAUAUUACUAGACGUGAUUGGUACGACUUCCUAAUAGUAUCACAGAAGGUGAACCAAGGUACAGUGACCCCCACACAUUACGUAGUAGUCCACGAUGACAGUGACAUGACGCCCGACCAAUGCCAAAGACUGACAUACAAAUUAUGCCAUUUGUACUACAACUGGCCUGGCACAGUCAGAGUGCCAGCCCCGUGCCAGUAUGCACAUAAACUGGCAUCUUUAGUUGGCAGUAGCAUACAUCAAGAACCAGCUGAAACAUUAGCUAACAAAUUGUACUUCUUGUAAACAGUAUUAGCACUAAUAAGUACUUAAAAAGUUUCAUUGUGAUUUUUCGUGUAAUUUGCGUGGUAUUUUUAGUUUGGCAUUUAAAAGGCUGCCAGUAAAAAUGGCAGCAAAUAGUAUUAUAUUAUUAAUAACUAAAAUGUGGAUGUAAUCUAGUUAUUGAAUGUUUGAUCAUGUACCCAAAGGGUACUAUUAAUUAUUUUUCGUGCUUAUUCGUGUUCAAUAUCAUUGCAUGUUUGUUCCUCAUCAAACUAUCGGACCUCACCUCUUCAUUUAUUGUGAUUUACCCACCGCUUGCAAAUUUCUCCCACCUUUUAAAAUUAAGUUAAUUUUAAAUCGAAUAAGUGAUUGAAUGAUUGAAUAAUACCAAAGUCAAUAGAGUGAUUGGAUUUUAAAUGUAAAAUAGGAUUGAUUUACUCAAGUUUUCUUUCUCUGUCUUCGGGAUGUUUUUACUUAUAUUUUUUGCUGCCAAGGUUAAUUGACUGCAUUCCUAUAAAUUAAUUCUUUGAGAUUUCAACAUAUGCAACAUUUUUUGUUUUGUAUUUUGUAAAAAUACCGCGCAUAUUACAAACCCACUAGAAUAUAAUCGGAGUCAUUAUUAUUUUAGUACCUAAAAUUAAGUACAUAUAGAUUUAAGGAAUACGUUUGUCUAUCUCGUCAUAGUUCUAAAGAAUCUCGAUGUUAUGUCGAUAUAUUUUUUUACUUUUGUAGCACAAACUUGUUCGGACUUUGAUAUUAAGUGACUUUCGGACGAAAGAUAAAUGUGUUUUGAUUAAAAUGAUGAUUAAAUC